GCUAAAAAGAAAAUCGUGGAAAUAAAUGGCUGUAUUAUGGCGGUCCUUUUCCCUUUACUCCCCUUUCCAUCUUAGUGUCCCUCCCAAGCCCAUUUAUUCAUAUUCCUCUCAAUCCUCCUGUACUUGCUCUUCCUCCUCCUCCAUGGAAGCCCCCCCUCAAGGUUACAGGAGAAAUGUGGGUAUUUGUCUCAUCAAUUCCUCCAAAAAGAUUUUUUCUGCCUCGAGACUAGACAUUCCCAGUGCUUGGCAAAUGCCUCAGGGUGGGAUUGAUGACAAUGAAGAUCCAAAAGUUGCAGCCCUCAGAGAAUUAAAGGAAGAAACAGGUGUUAGCUCAGCUGAAAUUCUCGCAGAGGUACCUUAUUGGCUGACAUACGACUUCCCACCAGAAGUCAGGGAAAAACUGAAACAUCAGUGGGGAUCAGACUGGAAAGGUCAAGCUCAAAAGUGGUUUCUCCUUAAAUUCACGGGGAAAGAAGAAGAAAUCAAUCUUCUGGGUGAUGGGACUGAGAAACCUGAGUUUGGUGAAUGGUCUUGGAUGACACCAGAGCAAAUAGUUGAGCAUGCAGUGGAUUUCAAGAAACCUGUUUACAAUAAGGUUUUGGAAGUUUUCACUCCCUACCUCCAUUGAUAUUUGCAAACAUCACCAUUUCUAAUGUGUUGAGAUCAUAGUUGGAUACAAUAAUUUGGAUUCAGAGUCAGGAUUGAGCACGAUUACUACGGUUUGAUGGUAAGAGGUUAGUUCUUACUAUCUGUAAAAUAAAUGCUCCAUGAAUUUUGGAAUCUAGACCUUGGCCCGGUUGGUUGGUGUUUAUUUUACUUGGACUUGGAUGUGUAAUUUUUCUUUUCAAGUUCUUCCAUGAAAUUGGAAAGUCAUUGGAGGUUCAUAUCUCCAUACUUAUGUUGGACACAAAUAUUGAAUAUGGGUACUUAAAAAAGAAUUACACAGAGAGUUGGAACAA